UCUGUUAUGCGCUGCGAUCCCCUCAACGAUGGUUCUGUAUAAAAUACACUCCUUUGUGAACACUUGGCAUUGGCAAUAUAUAUAUAUAUAUUUAUUUAUCAACUCCCUCACACCAUUGAUUAAUAUCAACGCGCACACCACGAUCGGGACUCGCCUUCACUUGAUUUUCACGCUCCGUGUUCCGGGCAAAAAUCCCACAUCAACUGGGGUUUUAAUCGAGGAACUCCACCUUCUCCAGUCGUUGUAUGUAACGAAAUAGAUUCAGCGCUCGGUUGUGUAGACUCCACUUUCUUCACCGGAAGGGAGUGAUUUGUAAUUUAUUGUAUUUGAUUUUUAUUCUAUCCUUGACGGAGGCCGUUCCUGAAAUAUUGGUGAUGAAACUGACUCGUUGAAAGAAGCAAAGAUGGGGAAAAUAUUGGAUGGGUUUGUAUUGCCCAUGCUGCUCUUGACAGCUGGGUUACUUAAUUUCAGUUUGAUUUCCUUCAUCAAUUUGUUGGCCUUUCUUCUAUUCCGGUAUACAUCCACAAAAACAGACUUGCGAACUAGACAACACAGAAUCUUAUCUUUGUGGUGUGUUUCUACAUACUCUGCUGCUGUGGUUACUGUUCAAGUGAUUUUCCUUUGUCUUUGUGCAAUUGAGGGUUCAGAAUGGAGUGUUCCAGAUGCUUGGUGGAUAAAACUAAUUGGAUUUAUGAAGUUUCAGUCAGGGAGUUCACCUACGGUGGUCUAUUUCCUGGUUACUGAGUUACUGAUUGGACUUGUUGGUUUCAUUGAGAUCAAGGAAAACAAAUUUGACUGCAUUGAAUCUCAAGCUUCAUGCUGGGGUCAUUUGUCAUCUGUUGUUGAACAAAUAGGUUAUCGUCUUAGGCUUGCUUCCUGCUUAUUACUACCUGCCGUACAGUUGGCUUCAGGGAUCAGCAAUCCUUCCUGGCUUUCUUUACCAUUUUUUAUUUGCAGUUGUGUUGGUCUCGUUGAUUGGUCCUUAACAAGCAAUUUUUUAGGCCUUUUCAGGUGGUGGAAACUGCUUUGGGUGUACUCUGGAUUUAGCAUUUGCUUACUCUACCUCUAUCAGCUUCCUGUUGGAUUUCCACACUCUAUUCAAGUGAUUGCUGACUUUAUUGGCUUAUAUAAAGCAUCUGUUGAAUCUGAUUGGCAGAGAUUUUGUUCCAGUAUUUCUCUGAUGAUGUUCUAUUAUAUGCUGUCUUUCGUAAGACAUGAUUUGGAAGACAUGGAGUUUAUGAUGUCCAUGAGAGAAGGAAGCUUCACCGAGCGCCUUCUUCCCUCAAAAAAUUCGUUCUUUGUUCGUCAGCUGAGGUCUGGUGUCAGGCAUACCAAUAUUUUACUAAGAGGGACAGUUUUCAGGUUUUUUAGCAUCAACUGGUUUACUUAUGGCUUCCCGAUAUCUUUGGUUGCUCUUGCAUACUGGAGUUUCCAUUUUGCAAGUAUAUGUGCAUUUGGAUUACUUGCGUAUGUAGGGUAUAUUCUCUAUGCUUUCCCGUCCUUGUUUCGGUUGCAUCGGUUGAAUGGUUUGCUUCUAGUGUUCAUUCUCUUGUGGGCCAUCAGCACAUAUGUUUUCAAUGUGGUGUUUGCAUAUGCGAACUGGAAGCUUGGGAAGGAUAUGGAGAUCUGGGAAAUGGUUGGGCUAUGGCACUAUCCUAUCCCUGGUUUCUUCCUUUUAGCGCAAUUCUGUCUUGGGAUCCUUGUAGCACUUGGUAAUCUUGUUAACAACUCAGUAUUUCUCUAUAUAUCAGAUGAGGAGAGACAAUUCUCUAAUGAGAGCAGCACUGAGGAAGUUAAGGAAGAUACCAAGAUAUUGAUUGUGGCUACCAUUUUCUGGGGAAUCCGCAAAUGUUCUCGGGCUAUCAUGCUGUUUCUCAUUUUCAUGAUUGCACUAAAACCUGGUUUAAUUCAUGCUGUUUAUAUGAUAUUCUUCUUUGUGUACCUUUUGAGCCAUAAGAUCAAUAAAAGGAUGCGCCAAGCCCUUGUUCUUUUGUGCGAGUCACACUUUGCAAUCUUAUACAUCCUUCAGCUUAACCUUGUGUCCAGAAAGUUGGAGCAAAAAGAUUCUAUGAGUGCAGCAGUGCUAUCACAAUUAGGUCUCCUUGAGUAUGAUAGUCCUUGGAAUUUCCUGGAAAUAGCUCUGCUCGCAUGCUUUUGUGCUAUUCACAACCAUGGCUUUGAAAUGUUGUUUUCAUUUUCUGCCAUUGUACAGCACACACCUAGUCCUCCAGUUGGAUUUAGCAUUCUGAAAGCUGGUUUGAAUAAAUCAGUUCUUUUGUCAGUUUACGCAACCUCCAACACCAGGGACAAUCUUGAGAAUCAUCACCAUGAAAGAAGGAUAGCUUUGUAUCUGAGUGCAGUUGGGGAGAAAUUUUUAUCAAUGUAUAGGUCAUUUGGGACCUAUAUUGCUUUUGUCACCAUUCUUCUUGCGGUGUACCUUGUGAAACCUAACUAUGUAUCAUUUGGUUAUAUAAUCCUUCUCCUUGUCUGGAUAAUUGGAAGGCAAUUAGUUGAGCGGACAAAUCGGCGCCUAUGGUUUCCCCUUAAAGCAUAUUCAAUUGCGGUUUUCAUUUUCACAUAUAUUUUAAGCAUUUUUCCCACUUUCCAAUCGUGGAUGUCCAAGAAAGUUGAUCUCUACUUAUGCUUUGGCUAUGACACUGAAACUUCUUUGUUGGGAAAUCUUUGGGAGUCUCUAGCAAUUGUUAUUGUUAUGCAGCUUUACAGCUACGAAAGAAGACAAAGCAAAGACAAGAAAUCAGAAAAUGUUGAUUCACUGCAGCUGGGGAUAUUGGGCUUUAUCAAACGGUUUCUGAUCUGGCACAGCCAAAAGAUUCUGAUUAUUGCGGUGUUCUAUGCUUCAAUAUCUUCACUUAGCGCAUUCGGCUUUGUAUAUCUUCUUGGUCUUCUUUUGUCUUCUAUAUUGCCUAAAGCUUCUAGAAUUCCAUCCAAGUCAUUCUUAGUUUACACUGGAUGUCUGGUGGUCAUUGAAUAUCUUUUUCAGAUGUUGGGCAAGCUAGUUAAAAUGUUUCCUGGACAAAAGCACUAUGAUUUGUCCCUUUUCCUUGGAUUACAAGUGUAUGGGCAAGGUUUUGAAGGCAUCGAAGCAGGGUUGAGGGGAAAAGUUUUGGUCAUUGCUGCUUGUACUCUUCAAUACAAUGUUUUUCGGUGGUUGGAAAUAAUGCCUAGCUUUCUUUUGAAUUCUGGGAGAUCUGAGGAACCUUGCCCUUUAUUUGUUUCAGAGGCAGAUGUGUCUUCUGUUGUCUCAAAUUUCAACAAGGAUAACCCGACUAUAUCUGAAUCUCAUGAAUUGUCACCGGAACAGUUGAGAAGCAAUUCAUGGCCAUCUUUUAGGCAGAGUAAUCAUACACAUCCUCAGGAUUUAUCAGGAAAUGGGGGUACUGAGGACAGAGGCAGUACCAAAUUGUUGUUUAGCUAUCUCUGGGGAAGCAUGAAAGAAAGUCAAAAGUGGAAUAAGAAAAGGAUUGUUGCCUUGAGACAGGAGAGAUUUGAGAUGCAGAAAACUACUCUAAAAGUAUAUUUGAAGUUUUGGAUAGAAAAUAUGUUUAAUCUCUUUGGGCUCGAGAUUAAUAUGAUGGCAUUACUAUUAGCUAGUUUUGCUUUGUUGAAUGCCAUUUCAAUGUUCUAUAUUGCAUGUCUUGCUACAUGUGUUUUACUGGCUCGUCCUAUUAUACGGAAGCUAUGGCCAGUGUUUGUCUUUUCGUUGGCAAUCAUUCUUCUUGCAGAAUACUUGACAUUGUGGCAGAAUAUAACACCUUUUAGUUGGCAUUCAACUGAAACCCAUGCUCGUUGUCAUGAUUGCUGGAGAAACUCGAAGAUGUAUUUCUCCUAUUGUGUCAAGUGCUGGCUGGGGAUUAUAGUUGAUGAUCCUCGCAUGCUAAUAAGUUAUUUUGCAGUAUUCUUGCUUGCCUCUUUUAAGCUCCGUGCUGAUAAUGCAUCCAGCUUUUCAGCUCCGUUUACAUAUCGCCAGAUGAUUUCUCAGCGUGAAAAUGCAUUUGUUUGGCGUGAUCUGUCUUUUGAAACCAAAGGCAUGUGGACAUUUCUGGAUUAUUUGAGAGUGUAUUGCUAUUGUCAUCUAUUGGAUCUUGUGUUGGCUCUGAUCCUAAUUACGGGAACUUUGGAGUAUGACAUUCUGCACCUUGGAUACCUUGGUUUUGCCCUUAUUUUCUUCCGCAUGAGGCUCACCAUACUAAAGAAGAAAAACAAGAUCUUCAAGUAUUUGCGAAUUUAUAAUUUUGCUGUAAUUGUUCUCUCGCUGGUCUAUCAGUCUCCCUUUAUUGGUGAUUUUAAUGCGGGAAAGUGCGAAACAAUUGAUUACAUAUACGAAGUGAUUGGUUUUUACAAAUAUGAUUAUGGAUUUCGCAUCACGUCCAGAUCUGCUUUGGUAGAAAUCAUCAUAUUUGUCCUGGUAGCUUGCCAAUCAUAUAUGUUUUCUUCGUCUGAGUUUGAUUAUGUUUUUCGAUAUCUUGAGGCGGAGCAAAUUGGUGCAAUUGUAAGGGAGCAAGAGAAGAAAGCUACUUGGAAGACCGAACAGCUGCAGCAUGUUCGAAAGUCUGAAGAGAAGAAACAUCAGCGUAACCUACAAGUGGAGAAGAUGAAAUCUGAGAUGUUCAAUCUACAAAUACAGCUUCAUGACAUGAACCCCACCAGUGUCUGUACUGAUCCUUCACCAGCAAAUAAUGGUCUGAGAAGAAGGAAAAAUGCUUCACACAAUCUGCAAGACACUGGUCAUGUUGAGAGACUGGAUGCUGGCAUCAAUUCUGAUUCAGCUUUGCCAUUUCAUGUAGAAUCUUCUAGUAAUUUGAAAGCUGAAAGUCCAGUUCCUUUUGAUUUUAAGCAACAGAGGGAUACACCCAUUAGUGAAAUAACUGAACUUUGGGAUUCUGCAAGUGAUUGUGGCAAUGAUACUGACAAAUCAAAGAAAGAUAAACUCCAAUCAAAGGAAAAUCCUUUGGCAUCUGCAGUACAAUUUUUAGGCGAUGGGGUUUCUCAAGUACAGUCAAUUGGGAAUCGUGCAGUUUCCAAUCUUGUGAACUUAUUGAACAUUACCCCUGAGUAUUCAGAUUCUAAUGAGCCCUCAUCUUUGGAAGAUGGAUUUCCAGAUGAUAAAAUAAGCACAGAGCAGACACACCUGAGUAGUUUGUCAUCUUUUCACUCUGAAAAGAGUAGGACUUCAGAGUCUGCAAGUCUGCAGAUAGGUCGAAUACUCCAUCAUAUAUGGUUCCAGAUGCGUUCGAACAAUGAUGUGGUGUGUUACUGCUGUUUUGUUAUUGUUUUUCUUUGGAAUUUUAGCUUGCUCUCCAUGGUAUACUUGGCAGCUCUGUUUCUGUAUGCACUCUGUGUGAAUACUGGCCCAAGUUACAUCUUCUGGAUUAUUGUGCUGAUUUAUACUGAAUUUUAUAUCUUGAUUCAGUAUUUCUACCAAAUAAUGAUCCAGCAUUGUGGUUUCAAAGUCAUGUCGAACCUGCUUCGUGAAUUAGGCUUUCCAACCAAACCAAUAACAGCAUCAUUUGUAGUCAGUUUGCUACCUUUGUUUUUAGUUUAUUUAUUUACUCUAAUACAGACCUCCAUAACUGCAAAAGAUGGUGAGUGGUUUUCAGUGGGUUUUAGCAAUUGCAAAGGGGGCUUACUACAUAGAGAGGCAGCUGACAUUGGCUCCAGCUGGUGUGAACAAGUAAAGAUGAUUUUCCAGUCAGUGAAACGAGUGGUUGAGAUGGUUAUCAUUGGUUGUACUAGAUACUGGAAAUCACUAACGCAAGAAGCAGAAUUUCCUCCUUACUUUGUUCAAUUAUCAAUGGAUGUCAAAGUAUGGCCAGAGGAUGGGAUUCAACCAGAGCGAAUUGAGUCUGGGAUAAAUCAAUUACUACUGCUCGUACAUGAUGAAAAUUGCCAGAACGAAGUGCCUAAGCGUUGCCCUUGUGCCAGUAAGGUGCAAAUUCGAAGCAUUGAAAAAAGUUCUGAAAAUGCAGAUGUGGUGUUGGCUGUUUUUGAGGUGAUUUAUGUUUCUUCACCAAAAGACUGUAGACCAACAGAACAAUUCAGAUCUCUGACUCCAGCAGCUGAUGUAGCCAAGGAGAUUCUUAAAUCACAACAGCGGGGGCUCUUUGAAGAAGUUGGUUUUCCCUAUCCCAUAAUGUCAAUAGUUGGUGGUGGAAAAAGAGAAAUUGAUCUUUAUGCAUAUAUAUUUGGGGCUGAUUUGACUGUUUUUUUUCUGGUUGCCAUAUUCUACCAGUCUGUUAUAAAAAAUAAAAGUGAGAUUCUGGAGUAUUAUCAAUUCGAGGAUCAAUUUCCAAAAGAAUUUGUGUUUGUUCUGAUGGCAAUCUUUUUCUUGAUUGUUGUUGAUCGUGUCAUAUAUUUGUGUUCAUUUGCCACCGCGAAGGUUAUCUUUUAUGUCUUCAGCCUUGUUCUUUUCACCUGCGCUGUAACAGAGUAUGCUUGGAAUCUGGAUACUUCACAGAAGAAUGCUGCUGCGUUUGCUCUUCGAGCAAUAUAUCUCACAAAAGCAAUUUCGUUUGCUCUGCAAGCCAUUCAAAUUCGAUAUGGCGUGCCCCAUCAAAGCACAUUGUAUCGCCAGUUCCUAACCAGUGAGGUUUCUCGUGUUAACCAUAUAGGGUACAGGCUAUAUCGUGCUUUGCCCUUUCUGUAUGAAUUAAGAUGCGUCCUUGAUUGGUCUUGCACAACAACAUCAUUGACGAUGUAUGACUGGCUGAAGUUGGAGGACAUAAAUGCUAGCUUGUACCUUGUUAAAUGUGAUAAUGUUCUGAACAGAGCUGCACAUAAACAAGGAGAGAAGCAGACAAAGAUGACAAAGUUUUGCAAUGGCCUGUGUCUGUUCUUUGUCCUUAUAUGUGUUAUCUGGGCUCCAAUGCUGAUGUACAGUAGUGGUAAUCCAACAAACAUUGCAAAUCCAAUCAACGAUGCAAGUUUUAUGUUUGAUAUCAAGACAAUUGGUGGCAGGUUGACCUUCUACAAGACAACACUUUGUCAAAUAAUUCCAUGGGAUCAGUCCAAUGCAAGUGAGCUUGAUCCCAACAAUUAUUUGGAUGCAUAUAAUGUGAAUGACAUUCAGCUUGUUUGUUGCCAAGCUGAUUCAAAUACACUAUGGCUUGUCCCUGAUGUGGUUCAGCAGCAGUUCACCCAGUCUCUUGGGACUGGUGAAAUGGAUAUAAGGUUUACUUGGAUACUCAUGAGGGCCCGACCAAAAGGCAAGGAAAUGGUAAGAUUUGAAGGAAGUGUCGACCCAAUUGAUCUUCCAAAACCAUCAGAAGUUCAAGGUGUACUCAAUGGUUCCCUCAGCAGCUUUCGGAUUUAUGAUAUUUAUCCCAAAUUUUUCAGGGUCACCGGUUCGGGGGAAAUUAGACCUUUUGAGCAGAAGGUGACUGAUGUUAGUGCUGAUGUUGUCUUACAUCACAAGACAUCUCAAUGGUGGUCCUUCCACGAUAUUAAUGCAUCUGGCUGUGGAGGAUUAUCCGGCCCUAUGGCUGUGAUUGUAUCCGAGGAAACUCCCCAAGGAUUUCUUGGCGAGACUCUCAGCAAAUUCAGCAUUUGGGGUCUCUACAUCACAUUCGUCCUUGCAGUUGGCCGUUUCAUUCGAAUGCAGUGCUCUGACCUACGAAUGAGAAUACCAUACGAGAAUCUACCUUCCUGCGACAGGUUGAUUGCCAUCUGCGAAGACAUUUACGCCGCAAGAGCAGAAGGCGAGCUUGGAGUUGAAGAAGUCCUUUACUGGACACUGGUAAAGAUUUACAGAUCGCCCCAUAUGUUGCUCGAGUACACCAAUCCCGACUGAGACCAGCACAACAUGGCUUCGGCUUCACAGGACACUAACCAACAGUGCAAGAAAUCCAGGCCUCUAUCUAUCCUCUUCAACUUGUGAUUGUUCUGUAAGUGAAUUUUUUAGUGCAAUACAUACAGUUAUGUACCUCUGUGUAGAGAAGCCUUCUGAAUUUUGAUACCCAAACUCUGUAUAUAAUCUUUAUUUGUUGUUUUCAUUAGGGAGGAGGAAGGCUGCUUCUAAGUUAAAACUGUCUCAUUUGUAUUUCUUGUUACUCUGUAUUUAUAUUUGAUUUCAAAUCAGUGAGAGCAUAUAUAUAAUUUUUUU